AUGCCGCGGCGCGAGCACGAAUCGUCCCUCGUCCAUCGCGCCAACACGUGUCUUGACUCCGCGGCAGCAGCCGUGCUCGUGCGCCCUAGGAUGGCGGCCGAAGGCGGGGGGCCGGGCAGAACAGCAGGGAACGACGAGAGGCUGUGCCCUCGAGCUUGGCCCCCGCUGGAGGAGCUAUGACCGAACGAUCUGCAAAUGUGAGAUGAGGGACAGCCGGAAAACAGGGAGAAAGAGAGAAGGAGAGAGAUAGAGAGAGAGAGGGAGAGUAGUAGAAAGAAUGGGGAGGGAUGUGUAUAUAUAUAUAUACAGAAAAGAAAAAGAGAAGUAGAGAGAGAGAGAGGAACAUUCCCGCCCCCCUGCUGGGAGCUUGACUGUGUCGCGCAUGCCCGGCCGGGCUGCAGGAGUGUGGAGGAGGAAGGGUGGUUGGGCGGGAGGGAGACGGGAGAAAGAUUCUGACCAGCCGCUUGGGGCCAGUUACCCGCGCGCACCCGCCCUAUGGUGGUGCAGCUACCACAGGCGGAGCUGGUGUUUUUUGGAUCUGUCAGCACAGGCAGCGCAAGCCGCGCAGGAGGAUCUGGAGGAGGAGAACAGGGAGGGGAGAGAGCAGGGAGGGAGUAGAGAAAAGGGGAGGGUGAGAUGGGGGUUUGGGGCUGGGCCUGUGCUUAGUCGAUGUGCUUCUACAACUCGCGCAAGCUGACUGCGGGUGGCGGCCCUGUCCAGCCGCCAAAAGCAGCCACAAAAAGUAGCCAAGACCUGGUCGAUGGGGAGGUGGAGGAGGGGGGCGGGGGCCCGCGCCGAUCGGCGAAACAAUCAUGCGACGAACACCAUGCGGGAGAGGAGGAUCAACGGCGGGGCAAGGUCAACACACAGGGGAGAGUAGAAGCAUCCCUAUCGGGCACCUGGAGGAGGAGGGCGCGGAGGAACAGCGGGACGGGCGCGGCGGCACCGACGCCGCACCCACGAUUGAAACGAUGGCGGGAUCGCGCUGCGGCGACCCGCUGCCGCGCGGGCCUUUGGCACGGAGCGGGCUCCGCUGCCACCGAGGCGGCCGCUGGUCGCAGCGGAGCCCGCCGCAGCGGCCUCCACGGGCCGCGGGGUAGAGGUCUGCUCUCCUCCUCUCGGCCGUGACGACCCCCAAGAGGCAGGAAGAGCACGAGGGGGAGUGAGGGCUUCAGAGGGCUUCGGGGGGAUUCCAGCUGACUUCGGGUGAUUCAGAGGGAGCAGUAGCAGCGAGCAGCAGCGUAGCCUUCUGUUAGAGCAUCUGCCGCUGGGGGAUCGUUCGCUACAAUACUCAUUGCCGCUGCUGGCGGUGAUGACACAAUCACGCGUCCGCGGGCGUGGGCAUGUCCUCGACCGACUGCUCAAUCUUCUUGAGCUUGUCGUUCUCCUCCUCCCACUUCUUCUGCUCCGACUGCGCGUUCUUCCAGUCCUGCAUCGCCUGCCUGAUGCUGCUUCCGACACUGCUGAUCGUUUGCGGUGGCACAUCCUUCAAGUCGCCCAGGUCGCUCAUGGCCUGCCCGAACUCGUCACCGAUGGAACCGUCAGCGCCGCUGGUGGUAGAAUCGUCAGGCAGCUGACGGACGCGCUGCCUGCUCUUCAAGAGCGACGCGUCCACGGGCGUGGGCAUGUCCUCGACCGACUGCUCAAUCUUCUUGAGCUUGUCGUUCUCCUCAUCCCACUUCUUCUGCUCCGACUGCGCGUUCUUCCAGUCCUGCAUCGCCUGCUUGAUGCUGCUUCCGACACUGCUGAUCGUUUGCGGUGGCACAUCCUUCAAGUCACCCAGGUCGUUCAUGGCCUGCCCGAACUCGUCACCUAUGGAACCGUCAGCGCCGCUGGUGGUAGAAUCGUCAGGCAGCUGACGGACGCGCUGCCUGCUCUUCAAGAGCGACGCGUCCACGGGCGUAGGCAUGUCCUCGACCGACUGCUCAAUCUUCUUGAGCUUGUCGUUCUCCUCAUCCCACUUCUUCUGCUCCGACUGCGCGUUCUUCCAGUCCUGCAUCGCCUGCUUGAUGCUGCUUCCGACACUGCUGAUCGUUUGCGGUGGCACAUCCUUCAAGUCACCCAGGUCGCUCAUGGCCUGCCCGAACUCGUCACCGAUGGAACCGUCAGCGCCGCUGGUGGUAGAAUCGUCAGGCAGCUGACGGACGCGCUGCCUGCUCUUCAAGAGCGAUGCAUCCGCGGGCGUGGGCAUGUCCUCGACCGAUUGCUCAAUCUUCUUGAGCUUGUCGUUCUCCUCGUCCCACUUCUUCUGCUCCGACUGCGCGUUCUUCCAGUCCUGCAUCGCCUGCCUGAUGCUGCUUCCGACACUGCUGAUCGUUUGCGGUGGCACAUCCUUCAAGUCGCCCAGGUCGUUCAUGGCCUGCCCGAACUCGUCACCGAUGGAACCGUCAGCGCCGCUGGUGGUAGAAUCGUCAGGCAGCUGACGGACGCGCUGCCUGCUCUGAAGAAGGGAAGCCUCUUCCGCGUCGACCCCAUUGCAGGUAGGCUCCUCUGCCGCGCAACUACCUGGCAGGGACAAUGCAAAUAUCGCAAGGCUCAACGCCCUCAUUGCAAGAUCCUGGGUCGUCCGCGAUCACUACAAUCCUCUUGCUCUAGAGCCCAAGCAGCU